GCCCUCCUGCCGCCCAAAGUCGGCCACAUGGAAGCGCACGCGCGCCACCACCACCACCACCUGCGCCAGCUCCGCGCCGCCCUCCUCCGCCGCGGCUACCCCAUCCCGGCGCCGCCGGCGGCCCACCCGCACCCCGACCGCGCCCACCUCGCCGCCAUCCGCGCCGCCGCCGCGUCCGCCCCGCGCCUCGCGCUCGCGGCCUGCUCGUGCCUCCGCCGCGCGGGCCUGCCCCCGCCGGGGCCCCGCGCGCUCCCCGCCCUGCUCCGCUCCGCGGCUCGCUGCGACGGUGCUGGCGCGUACGUGGGGGGCGCGCACGCGGCGGCCGUCAGGGUCGGGGCGCUGGGCGACGGGUUCGUCGGCACCGCGCUGGUGGGGGCGUACGCGGCGUGCGGCCGCGUGGAGGACGCGCGGAGGGUGUUCGACGGAAUAGCCGUGCGGGACGUCGUUGCCUGGGGCGUCAUGCUCGAUAGUUAUUGUCAGACUCAGAACUACAAAGCAGCUUUGCUUCUGUUUGCUGAGAUGAAGAGGUCUGGAGUUGUUCCUGACCAAUUGAUCCUUGCUACUGUUCUAUCAGCUUGUGGGCAUAUAAGACAUUUCAGAACCGGGAAAGCCAUCCACUCAUACAUGUUGGUGUCAGACAUUCUUAUAGAUGCUCACCUCAGUAGUGCUCUCAUAAGCUUGUAUGCUAGCUGUGACAAAAUGGAUAUGGCUGAAAAGCUAUACAAUGGGAUGCCAAGGAAGGACUUAGUAUCAUCAACUGCCAUGGUUUUUGGAUAUGCCAAGAACAGAAAAGUUGAGGUUGCUCGCUCUAUAUUCAAUGGAAUGCCAGAGAAAGAUGUGGUGUUUUGGAGUGCCAUGAUAUCAGGAUAUGCUGAAAGUAACCAACCUAACGAAGCAUUGAGUUUAUUCAGUGAUAUGCAAGAGCAUGGUAUCAUGCCUGAUGAAGUUACUCUGUUAAGUGCCAUAUCUGCAUGUGCCAAUUUAGGUUCCCUUGAUAAAGCCAUAUGGAUCCACUCCUUCACCGAGAAUAACGGAUUGACUAAGACAUUGCGCGUUUGCAAUGCUCUUAUUGAUAUGGUCGCCAAAUGUGGGGGUAUAACUCUUGCCUUGAAUAUCUUCAAUGAAAUACCUCACAAGAAUGUUAUUACCUGGACAAGUAUGAUUGCUGCUUUUGCUAUGCAUGGCGAUGGAAAAUCCGCCUUAGUUCUGUUUAAGCAGAUGAAAAAUGAAGGUGUUGAACCCAACAAAGUGACAUUUCUUAAUUUACUUUAUGCUUGCUGUCAUGCUGGUCUAGUUCAUGAAGGUCGUUUGAUGUUUAGAUGUAUGGUUCAAGAAUACAGGAUUGAACCCAAUCAUGAGCACUAUGGUUGUAUGGUGGAUCUUCUGGGAAGAGCUAAACUUUUGCAAGAAGCAGUUGAUGUCAUAGAGUCAAUGCACUUAGGGCCCAAUGUGGCUAUCUGGGGCUCUUUGUUAGCAGCAUGCUGGAUGCAUGGCGAUCUCAAGCUUGGCGCAUUUGCUGCAAAGAAAGUUUUGGAGUUGGAUCCCAAUCAUGAUGGAGCAUCUGUGCUUUUAUCGAAGAUAUAUGCAAAAUCUGGCAGUUGGAAUGAUGCUGAGGAGGUGAGGGGAGUAAUGAAACUCCAUGGGGUCUCAAAAGAAACAGGCUCCAGUUGGAUGGUGCUGAAUGAUUCUAAUCACGAGUUUGCAGCUGGAGGUGGGAAACAUCCAGAAAGUGAUAAGAUCCUUCUGAAGCUCGAUGGGAAAGUAAGUUGAUUUGUGAGGUGACAAUAUUAGAGAAAAUGUUCUGCUACACAGCGAGAGCCUUGUGAUUUCUUUCAGCCUGGUAAUUUCAGGCAGGAAGCUUCCGAUGACAUGGUACCCCCAGAGGACUACCUGUACAAGGCGCCGAUGACGAACAUGGAGAUGCGUGCCAACCUGGUGAGCGGGUACCCCGGCUGGACCUACCGCUUCUGCGCGGGCUCGAUGAUCCUCCCGUUUGGGCAUGGGCUCAGCUACACCCAGUUCUGGAACUCACUGGCGCACGCGCCGUGCAGCUCACGGCGGCCACGCCUUCGCCGCGACGUCGCUCCUCAACGUGACGCGCUCCGGCAGCAGCAGUGCCAAUACCGUGUGUGUAGCGCACAUGCGCUGCGAGGGUCUGACUAUCCUGGUGCAUGUCUAUGUGAGCAACGUCAGCGAACGCGACGGCACACACAUGGUGCUCAUGUACCGUGCCACCCCGUGGUCCAUCACCAAUGUCUGUUCUGACAAGAAACACCGCAUCUCCUCAUGUCGCGUGUGGCUCGCUGGAGUGGCUCCACUAAUCCGGCCGCCCCUCGUUUGGAUCCCCUUACUCCUGGAGGCCUCAGUGCCGCGCCUGCUUGCAUCUAGCCAUGGCCACGGCCUUGCAGCUGCCCGUUUCCGGACUCCAUAGGCAAGGGGACCGGAUGAGUGAUGGCCUGGUCGGCAAGGGUGCCAGAGAUGGCGUGGGCACAAAGCUCUGCGACUGAAUCAAUUUCCUACUCACUUAGUCAUGUCAUUGAUCCCAGAACCUUAGCAUGAAUCCUGAAUUCCCUUAACUAUUACCAUUUCCUGAACAUCUGAACAAGAACCACGAAUCUCUUGCUGCAUGUUACACUAACGCAUAGAUGACGUUCUGUUCUCUUGCAGCAACUGGCUGAAAGCGUCGCACUGGGGUUGCAGCAGAUGAAGAAGAGCGCCAUGCCUAUGCCUUCCUCGCCCCUUGCCGUCGCCUGCCAACGAUCCAAGCAUGGUGGUGGUGGCUGUCAAGUCAGGCCUGGACUCUGAAACUUUGAACCAACUGAAGAAGAUAGGCAUCAGACAUGGUGUUGACCUGGAAGAAGACGGCCUUGGUGCGGGGCAGCAUGGGGUCGGAGGCGACAUCCUCAAAGAGCACCUGAGUGAACUCACUGGCGGUAUGGUCCACCACGUUCCGAUACAUGAAAUUGCUGUUGAAGUCGGAGUUUGACACCUCCUGCAGAGAGCAGAGUUUCAGACAGGGUACUUGCAAGGCCAUGGCAAAUUAAGAACAAGUUCAGAGUGACUGCUCAGAUACUCUGGACCUAAAUCAAGUAUAGUUUUACAGAAUUUGAAAGAUAAUCUUAAAUCUUUGAGCAGAUAAUGGAUUAAGGGAAGGUAAAUAUGGGUGGAGAAUCAGCUAACCCGAUGGUAA